CUCAAAUCGAGCCAGUCACGCUUAAUUGAUGCAGAAAAAUGGAGCUGCCAUGGCUGAUUUUGCCGUCUUUUAUUCUUUUGCUGAAUGGAGUUGAAUUGUGUCUUUCAGAUAACGUCUUUCCAUCAGCCAAACGCUGGCAGUCAUUCAUCACGAAGAUCACAGAAGCCACACAAAAUUACCAGCCAUGCAGUCUGGAGAACUGCAGUUGUCAUCUCAGUGUCUUGAAAGAUGACCUUAGGCCAUUUAAAAAUGGUAUAUCUGAGGGGUUGAUGGCAGACACAGUGCACAGAGGUGUUGGUACGCACUACCAGAUCAUCGGAAACAAGUUGUACAGAGAACAAAGCUGCAUGUUUCCAGCAAGAUGCAGUGGUGUUGAGCACUUCAUCCUAAAAGUGAUUAGACGGUUGCCAGAUUUGGAGGUGGUGAUUAAUGUUCGUGACUAUCCACAGGUUCCUGGAUGGGUUCAGCCAGUCUUGCCUGUACUUUCUUUCAGUAAGACAGCAGACUACCAGGACAUCAUGUACCCUGCAUGGACAUUUUGGGAGGGAGGUCCUGCUGUAUGGCCCAUUUACCCCACUGGGCUGGGCCGAUGGGACCUCAUGAGGGAUGACCUGAAAAAAUCAGCUGCUCGAUGGCCCUGGAAGAAAAAAAGUCCAAAAGGAUUCUUUAGAGGCUCUAGAACCAGUUCAGAAAGGGACCCACUAAUCCUUCUCUCAAGAGAAGCCCCAGACCUUGUGGAUGCCGAGUACACUAAGAACCAGGCCUGGAAGUCAGAGAAGGAUACUCUGGGUGGACCCCCAGCCAAAGAAAUCCCCCUAGUUGACCACUGUGAAUACAAAUACCUUUUUAACUUCCGAGGUGUGGCUGCUAGUUUCCGUUUGAAACAUCUGUUCCUGUGUGGAUCGUUGGUUUUUCAUGUCGGCGAGGACUGGCUUGAGUUCUUCUACCCUCAGCUCAAGCCCUGGGUUCACUAUAUUCCUGUCAAACAGGACUUGUCUGAUCUCAGAGAGCUGCUUCAGUUUGUGAAAGAAAAUGAUGGUGUAGCAGAAGAAAUUGCUAUAAGGGGUCAGAAGUUUAUUCUGGAUCAUCUCCGUAUGGAGGACGUGUCUUGUUACUGGGAGAGGCUCCUCACUGACUUCAGCAAGCUGCUCAAAUACAAACCCCAGAGAAAAUCAAAUUACAAUCAGAUCAUUCACACAGCCAGCAGAUCUGAACUUUGACAUGAAGAAAUUAUUCAGGGGGAGAUCAUCCUCCUUUUUUGUAUGCCUUUAUUUUUGUUUUUCAUUCUCUUGCUCUUUAAACUGAUCUUAAAUGGCUGAAAAGAGUGUUUAAAGGCAGCUCUGUGUAGUUAAUACAGUGAAUCCUGCCAAAUGUCUCUAAGACUGUCUAUAUUGCUUUAAAGGUUGAGACUCUUGAAUGUUUUAAAAUCAGUCAAGUUACAGUUAAUUUACCAUAUAGCAGUCUGCAUAAAAAAAAAUAAAAAAAAAAACCUGUUCAGACCCUCAUCCUCUGGAUGUCAGAAAUAUAACACAGCUAAAAUAUGCUUUGUGUCUUCAUAGUAUUCAUCAGUCUCAACACAAAUUCUUAAGGUCAUAAGAAGUCAGUAUGAAGUGUGGUAUUAAAUAUGAUGCAGGUGUAAUAAACUAUAAAAAGAAUUUAUUGUGAAACAUAACAACGACCUGCCAAAAAAAAAAAAAAAAGAAAGAAAGAAA